GUACCGGAGACUUCAUUGGAAUGGUGAGCGAUUUUAGUGGUAGAGAACCGACUUUUAUAGGAAAACCUUCGGCGUAUUUUGCUCAAUUCGUAAACCAGAAAUUCGAUAUUGUCGAUCCAAAAAGAGCUUUAUUUAUCGGGGAUCAGAUUGAUCCAGAUAUGAAGUUUGGUUCCACAGGAGGUUAUCAAAAACUAUUGGUACUGAGUGGAAUUGCAAAAAUUGAAGAUAUCAAAAAUUGGAAGCAUCCUGAAGAAUACAAACCUGAAUAUUACAUCGAAAGUCUGGACGUUUUGAACGAUAUUCUGAAAUCGAUUAAAUGAAGAAUUAGACACACAACUGAAUAAAAGCAGAUAACAGGCCCUAUGUCAUUACAGUGUGAUUGAAUCUUCUACACAAAAGGAAAUAUUCAAAUAAUAUAUACUCGAAAUGAGUUUUUAAA